GAAAAGGAAAUAGAAGUCAGAGUAAUAUAGUAAGAGUGACCACACACACUUCCUUAAGACCUUGCUUUUGGUCUCUCUCUCACUCUGUUUGUGACAUUCACUGGCCGAGAUCAGAUCAGCUCCAUGGGACACUUGAAACCGAAGCCUGGAGGAGAAAUCGCCUAGUACUGCUUAACUAGAUGGAGGACUUAGCCAGUGGCCAAGAUGGGUAACCUGAAUUUCAAAGCUCAGCACAAAGAGGAACCCCGGGUGGUGAUAAUGGGCUUGGACUCUGCUGGCAAGACCACCCUCCUCUACAAACUGAAGAGCAACGAACAAGUGGAGACCUAUCCCACUGUGGGCUUUAAUGUCGAGUCUUUGGAGGCAUCAAAGUAUGGAUCCCUGAUUCUUUGGGAUGUGGGAGGUCAGGACCAACUCCGGUCCAGCUGGAAGGACUAUUUGGAGGAGACUGACACCCUCAUCUAUGUGCUGGACAGUACAGAUGAAGACCGGCUGCCUGAGGCUACUGCUGAGCUGGAAAAUGUUCUAAACAACGAUCAUAUGGCCGGUGUCCCUUUCUUGGUCCUAGCCAAUAAGCAGGAGAUGCCAGGGGCCCUAUCUCUGCUAGAGAUUAGGGAUAGGAUGCAUCUGGACCGAUUCAAUGACCGGAGUUGGGAGCUUCGCGGCUGCAGUGCCCUUACAGGUGAGGGACUGAAAGAAGCCCAGCUGGCGCUGGAAAGACUUCUUAAGUCCUGAAAGCAGAUAUGCCUCUACAGUUGAGCAUAAAUGGAGAGAUGAAGAAGUCUUAACUGAUUAGAAAUACUGUUGACUAAGAACUGGGGAAACUGGGUGACCUUGAAAGACUUAAGAACUCUGAUCAACAUGAUAAUCAAUCAUGAUUCCAGGGGACCAAUGAUGAAGAACACUAUAUGUCCCUUCUGGCAGAGAACUGAUGAUCUAAACAUAGAGAAUGAAUGCAUUUUUUAAAUGGCCAACAUGAGAAAUUGUUUUGCUUAACUAUGCAUAUUUAUCACAAAGGUUUUGGUUUUUUUCCCUCUUUUUUCUUUUUUCAGUAGGGAGGGGGAAGUAGGAAGGAAAGAAUCUCUGUAAAGAAAAAAAACUUAAAAAAAGCUGGGGGAGCCAACUAAUCAUUAUUAAGUCUGAACAUAACAGAUUAUCAGUCAAGAAAUUCCCCUGUUCCUGGAGAUCAUAUUCAUGUUCACAAUAACUUACUCUCACCUGUGUUCCUAAAGUAUCCAGAGCAUGAUAACACAACAAACAACAACCAUCCUUCACCAUCUCCUACCCUCCAACUACCAUCUGCCAAAUUGGUUUUAUUCAGUCUUGCUUUGCUUUUCAACAUUCUUUGAUGCUUUAUAGCUUCAUGGAGUUUGGGGUGAGAAACACCAGAUUUUCUCUGAAACAAUGGCUUCAUGCUCCCAACAAACAUUUUCAAACCCAUCAAACCAAUGUAAGGUCUUCUUUAGUCUACCCUAAGUGGCUUUUUGGACUUCUAGUUGACUUGCUUGGCGUAAACUUCAACUUUCUAUUGGAGCUCCCAUUGGGGGAAGAUGGCUAGAGUGCGUCAUGGUGCACCUUAAUAUGAGAAAAUGUGUACCAAUUAGGAGCUCAGGGUAGAAAUGCUAGGUAUGAGGCAGAGUGGAGCCCAACAGCCCAAUAACAAGAGUACUAGAUAACUUCUAAGGUCCCUUUCAGUUCUAAAUCCAUGAUCCCAUUGACACCCCACUUUCUGUGGCUGGAGAGCUUAAUAUAGCCUUUUUCUCUUUAAAGUCCAAGGUAAUGGAUCUCACAGUUUCAUAUUCAUCCUUUUUCCUUACUCUUUUGGGGAGCUGGUGAUGUCAAAUAUUAAUGGAAUUCAUAAGAUCAGAGCCCCCAGCCUAGGAAGAAAUCUUUUCCUUUCCUUAGCCACUAAGCAGAGACUAUCUUCUAUGAUUCUUAGUGGGCUCUGAAAAAACCUUACCUACCCACUGCUUUUCCUCUUAACCAUUUCUUCAUAGCAAACACUCAUGUAGAAUGCACAACAGUCAAGACAUAUUAUCUUAAUCUGAAAACAAAAUCUAUUAUAAAAAGGACAUGCAACAAAUACACAAUGUUUGAAAAGGGUAGGUAAUUCCAAGAUGGUAACAGAUGCUGGUUCUCUAGGUAGGAGAAAGGUGGAGAAACUGGAGAGUAGAUAAAUUAACCAGGUCCCAGCAAUGCUAUUAAGAAAGGCAUAUUCAAGCAAAUAGCAAGUUCUUUUCAAGCAGAUCACUCCUUAAGAGGAUCCAUGAGCCUAACAAAGCUGUGAUGGCUAUCCUAGUCAAUCCAGGGUGACAACACCCUUUCCUUGCAACAGGCGCCAACUCCUGCUGCAUGCCUGUCCCUUGAUCUGCUUUCCAUAGACCUCCAGUGUUUCCAAGAUUCCAUGUUCCACACAGCGACUGCCCUUCAGUCUCUCCUUCUAGCUGUCAAGGCUACACUUGUCAGGUGUCCCCUCCCAAUUCUACCUCUGAUGCAUAAGUGCUGUGUGAUUCUGGGCAAGUCAUUCAUAGUUUCAGUGCCAAAGGCACUUCUCUAAGAUUACAAGUGAUGGGAUAGGUGCAUAUUUAUAUUGGUAGAGGAAGCUUCCUCAUCAGCAGCUCUCAAUACCAAUGAAACCAUGGGUCCACUCAAAAAAAAUUGGAGGGGUCCUUCUACUUACAGUGAUACUGAGGAUCGCACUCUGGGCUAGGCAUGGAAAUGUAUGUUCUGCUAUGUUCCCUACUGCUCUGAGCUUGAGGACCUCUAGACUUUUCUUCAGUUUUCCUUUUCUUUAUAGGAACUCAAAAAUGCUGCAAAGGUGUUCAGUUCUCCUUUCCUUCCAGCAAAGUGAUUCUCUCCAGAGGGAACAUAGAGAGGACCACAUAUGAAAAGUUCUGAAGAUUAAUUGGAUAAGGCAGAAAUGCCUUCUCUCCUUGAAAGAGCAGUAGUCAAAGAAACAACACAAAAUCCUAAUUGGAAGAGAAAUUAAGGUCCUAUAUAGUCUGACUUCCCUUCUUCUGUAAUAUACCUGACAGGUAGUUUGCAUAAUGAUGUUUUCUCUAUCUCUUUCUCCAUUUAAUUGGGGGAAAAUAACCUGAUGACCUAAGUAUUUAGAUGUAGGUAUGAAGAAAGCUAUAUUUUCUGAUCACUUACUGUCACCUGGAUGUGUUCAGCUACAGACCCCCUAGGGAGAAAUGUUCUGUAAUUUAAUUUCUAAAAUGUACCUAAUUUAAUUAAAUAAUUCAGUGUU